UUGGUUGGUGUGGGAGCAGACUGUCCAGCUUGGCGAGACAGGGGGGUGGAGACGGUGCAGUUUAUGCUCCAGGGUAGCCACCCCCUAUCCGCCGCCACCAUUCUGCCGGCACAGGGGCAUCACCAGCUGGGCUCGGCCACGGCGCCAUGGCCCCCCACGGCUCACCACUCGAUGAGUCUUUCCUCAGACGACGUUCCCCACAAAGGGCACAGCGGUGUGAACCAGCUAGGGGGGGUAUUCGUCAGCGGCCGACCCCUGCCGGAUUCCACGCGACAGAAAAUUGUCGAACUGGCACAUUCGGGAGCGCGGCCCUGCGACAUUUCGCGCAUCCUUCAAGUAUCCAAUGGCUGUGUUUCCAAAAUUUUAGGCAGGUACUACGAGACAGGUUCAAUUCGGCCGAGAGCCAUCGGUGGAUCGAAACCUCGAGUUGCCACAGCAGAAGUGGUGAGCAAGAUCUCGCAGUACAAGCGAGAGUGCCCAUCCAUCUUCGCUUGGGAGAUACGGGACCGGCUCUUACAGGAAGGAGUCUGCACCAACGACAAUAUCCCCAGUGUGUCUUCCAUCAACAGAGUGCUACGCAAUCUGGCGUCCCAGAAGGAACAACAGACGCAGUCGCCGCCCGUACCAUCGCCCGCGGAGUCUGUGUACGACAAGCUACGGAUUCUGAACGGGCAAGCGGGCUGGCCUCGGCCGAACCCCUGGUACCCGGCGACAGGGGGUUCCCCGUUCCCCACGGCGGCGCUGCAGCCAGCGGCGAGUGUGAGUCCUGGAGGUGGACAUCACGUGGUCACAGGUUGCACCAUUGUUCCGGACCCGGACAACGACCCGGAUCUGUCGGCAGCCAAGAAAGUGGUUGAUCUGGAUGGGGCGCCUUCUGACGAGACAAAUUCGGGGGACAAUUCAAAUGCAGGGUCAAGUGCUGGGGGGCCUGACGAAGACCAAAUACGGCUACGGCUCAAGAGGAAGUUACAGAGAAACCGAACUUCCUUCACCAACGAGCAGAUAGACAGCUUAGAGAAAGAAUUCGAGAGGACACACUAUCCUGAUGUGUUCGCUAGAGAAAGGUUAGCUGCAAAAAUUGGCCUUCCCGAAGCUAGGAUACAGGUCUGGUUCUCAAAUCGGAGAGCGAAAUGGCGACGGGAAGAGAAAAUGAGAAGCCAGAGACGCGUGGUGGAGCAACCGAGUACUUCACCUCCGAGACUUCUUAACGGAAGUAGCUUCUCCAACAGCCACAUGUACUCCUCCAUUCCUCCACCAAUGAGCAUGGCUGAUUCGUAUAGCUCCAUGACGGCAAUGCCAAGCUUCAGCAUGUCGGCAACCCACCAUCCAGGGACAGGGGUUGGUGGGGGAAGUGUGGGUAUGGGAGCCAGCAUGGGCCCUAGUCCAGCAGCGUGCAGCCUCCAGCAGAGGGACGGUGUUGCUGGCGGCGGCUACUCGUGUAUGACAAGGCCACCAACUUACGAUCCCUUGACGCUAGGGGCCUAUGGAACGAGACCAUCGCCCUGCAGCCCCACACAACCUUAUCAGGCUAUGAACGGGCACCAAUAUUCCACCAACGGUACUUCAUCUACAGGUCUGAUCUCCCCAGGAGUAUCAGUUCCGAUAGCUGUACCAGGACAACCACCGGAUAUGACGUCACAAUAUUGGCCACGCCUCCAGUGACAAUGGUGGAACUGAGCAGAUAUCUUCACUGGCAUUCCUUCUACUGAGACGAACUGCCUAGAGGACCAUGAAAUCAGAGCGCUCCAUGCUCUCACGACGAAGCUGAGAACUCAGAAUCCACAUUCAAGUUGGGGUUUGCGAAACACGCCAAGGAGACUACCAGUUUAUAUUACAUCUGUCACUUCGGUGGUUUUAAUUCUCCAUGUCGGAAGGUUUUUAUGUGUAUUUAUUUGCACAAAAAGGACGAAGAUUUAUCACAUUUAAAUGGGUGAUCAUUUAUAAUGUACAAAUUUCGUACCUAUACUUCAAAAACAAAUAAUUAUAAUCUCACAGAGUGCAGUGAACAUAUAUGUGAGUAAUAUUUAGAGUUAAAAGAUACAGAAGCUGAUGGCUGCUUAAACUUCUGUUUAUGUGGCAGCAUUGCGCAACCUUACUGGCAGGAGACAAUUACUUCGAAAACACCAAGUCACAACUUGAUUACACCAGUGAGCAGUAGUCAACAAUAAAAGAAUGCACACCCACAUACAAUAGACUAGCAGAUCUAUCCUUUCUUCUCACUUACUGUGGCGAAAAGCCUUGCAAGCGUCAGAUAUUCACAGCAAUAAUUUUAACUUCACCACAUACCAGUCGUGGCGCGUUCUUCGUGGUCUGGUCUGCCCGAAAUGGUUAAAAUUCUACGCCGUAUUUCGCUUCUUUAUGCUACUGUUUUGGCGUUAUCGAAAGGGGCAGGGAAUUUUAUUUUCGCCGGUGUGUCCCUAUCGAAUCUGGAGCCAAGAACUACCGGUCUCCUAUUCGGGCGGCGUCAGGAGGUUUCUCCUCGGGCAUAAAGCGGCCAAAUGCAAUACUGACCAUUCGCUCAUCUCCAUCUAAUAAUGAGGAGCUUCACAUUACGUCUUCAUGGAACGAUGUUUAAGCACAGGGAUGUUAUUAAACCGAAACUCACUCGUAACGCGCCUAUACUCAGUGUCCCAAAAAUAUGAAAACACAUAAUAAUACAGAAUAUUAACCUAGUGUGUAUACAUCAUUUUGGGAUAUUCUGUAUAUAAAGGUAAUUAAUUCUAAAUUAAAUAACAUCCCAUCUGUGUUUAUACUUUAGCCAUUGGGUGCGAGAUAUUUUCCACAGUGAAAAUACCGUCUUUCACUCUUCUAUAAUCCUUAAUUGCACAUUAUUCAUCCGACAGACCGAGUACCUUUUCCGUAAAAAUAGAUGUCUCUUGCCACCAUUUCUCGUUAAAUGAAUUUAACUGAAAUCGAACAACACGACAAUUUUCGGUAUUAAUUUAAUGUGUUAAAAUACUGGACAAAUAUCAGACUAUUAAAAUUUUGCAGACUGUUUUUUCUUCUCUCGUUACUUCAGUUAGGUCAGAAGUGAUGGGGUGUUUACAUUUUGUUGAUAUUGGACUGUCGACCGCACAGACGCCCAUGUUGUUUUACAUAAAACAGUAUAGUUAGAUAUCGGGGCUACGAAGAAUCUGCUCUGUGGCUUAUCGGUAAAUAUAAUUUAAAUUCCUUCUUCAGCCUUUGUAACGAUCCAGUAAAGUGCUGUGGACUGCUUUGCUAAAUUUUGCUGCAGUAAUUUCACCAAUGUUGUCUGAGAAUCUAGAGACAACCUCUAAUAGGAAAGGUUUGUUUUAUUCUAUUGGAUAUGGGAAUGCAUAGGUUUUGCUAACACGCAGAGUUGCAUUUUCAGUCAUAGUUAAGAUGACUGUAAGUCUAAAGGUUUGGCAGGAAGGAUAUGCCAGUAAAGACACUUCUGCAUUGGGUGUAACUUAUGCAGAUUAUCAGAAUUGUCAAGUAACGGCAUAUGCCCAUUUUAUAAAAAGAUUCACGACUUCACCGUAUGUCACGCUUAAAUUUAAAACGUGGCUAAAAGGCACAGAACCUAAAGUCGUACUUAGCAAUGAGAUGUGUACAGUGAAUACAACCUCUCAGAAACGUAAAAAUAAUAAUAAUAAACUGAAAGAAUUGAUUUAUAAUAAUAGUUAGUUUGCCGAGUAUCGUAUUUGUAAAAGAGGUCCAAAGGUACAAACUAAAGUGGAGAAAACUAUUCGUCGAUUCUGGCUGGACACAAUAGUACAUCACAUGGAAUUAUGACACAACACGUAUGCUAACAGCACCGAUGACCCUGUUUCAGCAAGGAGAGAACUAACGACUCCGAAUAUGACAGUCAUUAUCAGUCAACACUUUGCUUAUGGAUGUAACAUUAUUACUAAUCUAUAUAUAAGCAUAAUAGAUAUAUUGCCUUGUUCUUUUACACAUACAGUGCACUGUUUAACCUCUGUAACAUGAUGUACUGGGCCGGUCUUGAGUGCACAUCACGACCGCGAAGUUCCUACGACGUCGUUGAAAAUGAAGUGGAGCGGAAAUACAUUUUUAAAAAAACUGACUGAUGCAUUUAAAACUAUGCAAUGUCGAUUCACAUACAAAACGUGUUUUUGUUGUAGUUUAAACGUGCUUUAAUAAUCCUGAGAGAUUCCUAACAGUCUAUUAAAUUAAAUUAAUUUAGUUAUUAUGCACACGCUGUCCGUACUGACACUGAUUUCCGCAAUGGGUUGAUCAGGCGAUGAAUCCUCAAUUGAGAACCGAGGUUGUUAUAAGAGGUAAUCGGUUGUCCUGUCUCACACCUCAGAGGAAGUACGAAGCAUCGGUGGAAUCGUGGUUGCUAGAAAAACUGGAUUCCUUGGAGAAAAAACACACCCAGGUUUCACUUUUUCCAUCACAAAUUCCACAAGGUUUUCCCUUUGAUUAAACUAAGGCAUUUGCUGAUACAAAUCAACUGAUUUACGGUAACAAUAAAAACAUGAUCUUGUAAUGGGUGAACAGGAUAUUAAAUAUAAACUUAUAGUAUUAACUAAGAAGCUGACUGUCUAAAAAAAACUGACCGAAAAAUUAUGCAGUCAUAUGAUUUCGCCAGCACCAAGGCCGGCCCCAACAUGAAAAGUUCGUCUUUGCUGCACAGGGUCGCUUAAUCAGUGGCGUAACGACAACCCGCUCUUAUUGUAGGGAACACCUUGUUUUAUUACCCGCCGCGCAUCGUAAUUUGAUUGUAGCCAUGUUACUUGCAUUAAUUGUUAUAGAAGGCACAUGAAUUAGUGUAUUCCCUCCUCAGAUGUCAUUGCGCCACUCAGAACAAAUAUUCAUAAUAAGAAAAGGUGAAAAAUACUUAGAUUAUCAUAAAGUAGCAUGCUCUUAACUCUAGUAGAAUUGCGACAUUUUUCCCUGUAAAUUAAAUUUAUGAUAGCUUCAGCAAAAAAGACGAGACCCAAUAGGCCGCUUUCUUAAAGAUGCUUUCGCGUAAGGUUUUUGGUUUACACACGAGUGGUGAGUUAUUUUAUUAAGAAUUAUAAACAUAAAAUAUUUUUCUUCUUGCUAUGUAUUGGCAUAUUGUCUUUUCAAAACCAGUUUGUACAAGUGCCCCAGUUUCAUAAUUCCUGAUGUGCAUAUAUAGGC